CGCUGCCGCUGAGCCGGGGUAGUAAGAGAUCAGGGUGUCCCUCGUUUUCUUCCAUGCUUCCUAAGCUCUGCAGGUAACGGUAGGGCGCAGACACAAGAGUGCAGUCUAGGAAAGCGCAGGACAACUCCAUGUGCAAGAACUGGAUUUGGGAUAGACCUCAUAUCCCAAGUCCAAACCUUCACCAACCCUCCUUCUUCGGCCCCAGCCUCCUGGUGUUCGCUGCUCGUCCCCAGCAUCUUCUUUAGCUCCUCACGAGGGUGAAAACGUUUCUGGCGCUCCGGAUUCUGCAACUCCCAGAGGAGCUAGGGUCAGUUCUCCAGUUUUGGGUCUAUGCUGUGCCUUCUUUGACCUCUCUGAAGAUCCAUCCCUCUUGGAGAAGACGAAUCCUCUCUCUUCAGAGAGGUCCGGAAUUGGAGACGUGCCAGGCUUCCCAAUGCUAGAAGAUAAAGUGGCUUCUCCCUGCGCAGGAAGAUUAAGAAGCGCUCUGUUCUUACCUUCCAGUUUUUCUCUCUUCUCUCGGGGUUCUACACUGCCCCCGACUAGCUCCCCCGCUUGCCACCCUUCCCUAUUCUCCCCACUCCUACCCUGCUCCAGCUCCAUCCUUCCCCUCCUACCACUCUCGCCUCCUCAGCCUGCGUGCCCUCCUCCCUCCCUCUUUCCUCCCCGUCACCCCUCCUCUCUUCACACACACUCCUCCUUCCUUUUUCUCUCCCUCCCUUCAUUCCACAAGUGUCGCUUCCCUUUCACUCGCGCACUUGGGGAGCUGGAGAGGUGAGAAGGACCUGGCGAACGAGUGCAAGGAGACUAAAGAGCAGAGGGAGGGGGACCGCAGGGACAUCGGAUAGAAGGGGCCCUAGGACAGAUUGACAUUCUCAACCAUCCUCCUUCCCCCCAAACACCUGCUACUCUAUUGACCCUCUUAUCUUCUCCCUCCUUCCCCCUCCCCACACCUCCACCUCCCCCUUCAGACCCUACGCGCAACGCCGCACCCAGCCCCUUGUGGCCGCGCGCUGGAACCAAGCGCCGCUGGCUGAGAGCGCAGUGGCCGCGGACAGAGCGCCCCGCGCCGCCCCCUGCAUGUGCGGCUCCUGGCGGCUCGUAGCCCCCGGCAGCCUCGGCAGCUUCAGCAGCUCCAGCGGCGGCGGCGGCUCCGGCGGUGGCGGCGGCAGCUCCGGCGGCUGCAGAGCGGCGGAGCCCAGGCUGGGAGACACAAUGCGCCGUGUCCUUCGCUUGCUCCUCGGCUGUUGCCUGACCGAGCUGUGCGCCCGCGUGUGCCGGGCGCAGGAGCGAACAGGGCAGGGACAGCUCCACCAGCAGCAGCAGCAACAGCAGCAACAUCAACACCUGGACAACGUGGUUGUUCUGACCGGGGGUAACCGCUCCGGAGCCGGGGAUCCUGGGGAAACCGCCGGCGCUUCAGAGGCGGCCCCAACCAAAGCCCCUACGCCAGACUCCUGCCGAGGCUACUUCGAUGUCAUGGGACAGUGGGACCCUCCGUUUAACUGCAGCUCCGGGGACUUCAUCUUCUGCUGCGGCACUUGUGGCUUUCGGUUUUGCUGCACAUUCAAGAAGAGGCGCCUGAACCAGAGCACCUGCACCAACUACGACACGCCACUCUGGCUUAAUACGGGCAAGCCCCCGGCCCGCAAGGACGACCCCAUGCAUGACCCAACCAAGGACAAGACUAACCUUAUUGUCUACAUCAUUUGCGGGGUGGUGGCUAUCAUGGUGCUGGUGGGCAUUUUCACCAAGCUGGGGCUAGAGAAGGCUCAUCGGCCCCAGCGGGAGCACAUGUCCAGAGCUCUUGCUGAUGUUAUGAGACCACAGGGCCACUGUACAACAGACCACAUGGAAAGAGAUCUUAACAUCGUUGUUCAUGUCCAGCAUUAUGAAAACACAGAUACCCGAGCCCCUGUAAAUAAUUUACAUGCCACUCAACUGAACAAUGCUGUUCCAACCUCGCCUCUCCUCCCACAAAUGUCUCAUCCUCAUUCCUAUCCCAGUUUGGGGCAAAUCUCCAAUCCAUAUGAACAGCAGCCUCCUGGCAAGGAACUGAACAAGUAUGCCUCCUUAAAAGCUGUGGGAAGUUGUGAUGGUGACUGGGCAGUAGCAACACUUAAGUCACCCAAAGCUGAUAAGGUCAAUGAUGACUUCUACUCCAAACGACGACACCUGGCUGAGUUGGCAGCCAAGGGGAGCCUACCACUUCAUCCCGUGCGAGUAGAGGAAGAACCUCCGAGGGCUUUCAGUCCUGAGCACGGCCCCGCCAAGCAGAAUGGACAGAAGUCCCGGGUCAACAAACUCCACACACACCCCUUGGCCUACAAUUCCACCGCCAACUUCAAGACCUGGGACCCCAAUGAGCCGUCCCUCCGGCGUCAGGCCUAUGGCAACAAGGGCAAACAUGGCACAGCAGAGCCCACCUCUAGUGAGCCACUGGCAACGAGGAGCCAACACUUUAUGCCCUCACAGCCAUAUUUCAUCACCAACAGCAAAACAGAGGUGACUGUCUGAGAUUGACACCGGAGGGAACAUCCUGGAGAGCACACUCAAUUGAGAGAGGCAAAAAACAAAAUCUGAAAAACAGCUCCCUUCCCACCAUCCCCCACACCCUCACACACAAUACUUACAAUCAAAACUGACAACCAAUAA